ACCUCCACGCCUGCGAGCCUCUCCGUACGGAGAUUAAAGUACUUGAUCAGCUGUUCCCAUCAGCAAGCAGACGGCCUAUGUGAGAGGCGCCGAGUCGGCUCAUUAGGCAACAGAAGAAGUUAAGUCGGUGCACAUACGGGCACGGGAUCGCUUUCCUGCCCGAGAGAGAGGCGAGCCCCAAGCCCGAUAGUAGUUGAUCACCUCGCAUCACUUAACGCCGAAAGACAAAGAUAUAGGAGCGUUGUACCCGCCAGGACGGUGCCUCCUUCGUCCCGAACAAUGUCACGAAGAGCCGUCCUUGUCCUUGGAGCUGGAGAGCUGGGGAUGGCUGUCCUUCGCGGCCUUUUGAAUCAUAAGGACAUCUUCAAGGUCUCUGUCCUCCUUCGAGCCAGCACAGUCAACAAAGGUCCAGACGGAGACACUCGCCUCGCUGAGCUGAAGUCCCUCGGUAUCGAAUCAUUCAUUGCAGGCGACAUUCAAGAAGACUCCGAUACCUCGCUUGCCUCGACGUUUGCGGAGUUCGACAUCGUCGUGGGCUGCACCGGCUUCCUGGGCGGGCCAGGCACGCAAACGAAGCUAGCGCGCUGCGCCAUCGAGGCGUCUGACCGCAGGCAGAAGGAAUUUCGCUAUGUCCCCUGGCAAUUCGGCGUCGACUACGACAUCCUUUCCCAUGGCAAGUCGCUGGGCCUCUUCGACGAGCAGUGCUCCGUCCGAGAUCUUCUCCGUUCCACAGCAUCCGGCGACCGCCUCAGCUGGACGAUAGUCUCGACGGGCAUCUUCACUAGUUUUCUCUUUGAAGACGCUUUUGGCGUCGUCGAGCGCCAGCAGGGCGGUGCAGUGGUAAUUGUGAGGGCUCUCGGAGACUGGGACGUAGAAAUUACCACAACAACGGUCGAGGAUAUCGGUACAUUGACGGCGGCAAUCCUCCAGGGCUUUGACGAGAACAGGGAUAGGGUCGUUUUUGUGGCUGGCGAGACAAUCUCUUAUGGACGCCUGGCCGACGUCGUUGAGGGUUACCUAGCUGCAAAGAAGGUGUCCGUCCGACGAGAGCGAUGGGACCUCGAGCGGUUGCAAGAAGCACUGAGAGACCAACCGGACGACGCCUUAAAGAAGUAUCGUGUCAUCUUCGGCGGAAAGGAGGGCAUUGCUUGGCCGGCCUCCCAGAACUACAAUGUACGAAGAGGGAUAAGUGUACAAAACGUAUCAGGAUGGCUGCAAAAAAAGCAGCCUUUCGCCUGACUUGGCCUUUCUCAAAGACAGCGACAACAGUGUAUCUGCGAAACGUUACAAAAGGGAAGCGAGCAUCCUCAUUGCACUUGCUAAUAAUGAUAUCGGACCUUGUCGUGACUCGCCUUCGGGAGUUGGAAACGUGUAUCUUGCUCGUCGAGGAGCUUUUUCGUCAUGCGUUGGCCAAUUGACCAAGGCACGAGGGUCCUCUUGAUCUUGCCUAAACCGCCCACAGAAGCUAUGCUUGUAUCGACCAGCUGCUUUGCGAGGCCUACGUCCCCCGAACGAUCUUGGACAAAGCUCCGCGUAACCGCCUGCUCAAGAGUCAUUUGUUUCUCCUUCGAUUGGCCCUUCAGCCAAGAGAGGAGAUCGUUUGCAGUCUCGAGCAGCUUGGGGGGCCAUUGAUCCAGGACCUGUGAUUCCGCCUCGAGGACAAAUUUGAGCUCUGUGUAC